AUGCCGGCCACGAAAUACGUGAAGCUGAACACUGGCGCUUUGAUGCCCACGCUUGGGCUCGGGACGUGGAAGUCUGCACCGGGGCUCGUCGAGAAGGCCGUUGAGAUUGCGCUCAAAGAUGGCUACAGGCACAUUGACACUGCUACAGCAUACGCCAACGAGAAGGAAGUUGGUAUCGGUAUCAAAGCGUCGGGCGUGCGUCGUGAGGAAAUCUUCCUAACGACCAAGCUCGCAAACUCCAACCAUAGAGACCCUGAGAAGGCUCUCGAGUACUCCCUCACGCAGCUCGACACGCCUUACCUUGACCUUUGGCUAAUGCAUUGGCCAUGCCCGAUGAAGGACGGCAAACCCGACCACGAGGUCUCCUGGAUCGAUACGUGGAAGAAGAUGGAGAAGAUCUACAAGGCGCACCCGGACAAGGUCAGGGCCAUCGGCGUGUCGAACGUGUCGCUGAAGUACAUGGAGGAUCUGCUCAAAGUCGCAGAUGUGGUUCCUGCAGUGAAUCAGAUCGAGAGCCACCCGUCCUGCAAGCAGGAAGAGCUCACACAGUACUGCUGGUCAAAGGGCAUAUCGAUAACGGCAUACUCGCCCCUAGGCUCGGAUAACGCGCCGCUCGCGGCGAACUCCGUCAUCCAAGAAAUUGCUACCGCUCACGGCGUCGCCCCGUCUACCGUCCUGAUUUCAUUCCAUGCAAACAGACCCGGUGUUACUGUGGUCCCUAAGUCAGUGACGCCCGAGCGCAUCCUCGCAAAUGCAAAGAUCAUCGACCUUACGGACGAGGACAUGCAGCGUCUAAACGAUAUUGAGAAGACUAACUUCCAUCGCCAGGGAAUGCCUUUCUGGACUGGAUAUAAGUCGAUAGGCUUCCCGGAUUUGGAGGACUGA